AUGCCCACCCGUCUCCAUCACAACCGAAAGAAGCGCGGACACGUCUCUGCUGGUCACGGUCGUAUUGGCAAGCACAGAAAGCAUCCUGGUGGUCGCGGUCUUGCUGGUGGUCAACACCAUCACCGUAUCAACAUGGACAAGUACCAUCCUGGUUACUUUGGUAAGGUUGGUAUGCGCCACUUCCACUUGAAGCGCAACCAAUACUGGCGUCCUGUUGUCAACCUUGACAAGAUCUGGUCUUUGGCUGGUGAAGGUGUUCGUGAAAAGUACAAGAACACUGAAAAGGUCCCUGUCAUUGAUGCUUUGCAAAACGGUUACGCCAAGGUCUUGGCUAAGGGCAAGGUCUCUCAACCCGUCAUUGUUCGCACUCGCUUCGUCUCCCGUCUUGCUGAGGAAAAGAUCAAGAAGGCUGGUGGUGUUGUCGAGCUCAUUGCUUAA